AUGAUUGCCCCAAUGUAUUUUGACCAUCUUGACGAUUCGGAUUCAAGUAUAGAAAUGAGACAUACUCGAAAACGUGUCAUGAUCAUUUCAUCAAGUGAUGAAAGCGAAGUUGAUCAGUGCGGCAGUUUUAUAAAUGAAGAUUAUAUGUGGAAAGCCGAAAAUUAUAGACCAAUUAUACAUGAUUUUUCAAGUGUGGAUGGUGCAACUGUAAAUACGCAAAAUCUGUCGAGAAGGGAAGUUUUUGAAUUAUUUUUUAACAAAGAAUUAGUUACAAAAAUAAUUACAGAGACAAAUAAAUAUAGCGCAACCGACGCAGAUUUUAUACCUCUUACAGACGAUGAAUUAAAAGUAUUUGUUGCUUUAAACAUUUUAAUGAGUUUAGUUUCUAAGCCCACUAUUCAGAGUUACUGGACCACAGAUAAAAGCAUAGAAACACCAUAUUUUAAGACUAUUAUGUGCCGUAACCGAUUUUUCUCUAUUGCUAAAAAUUUACAUUUUUCUAGUAAUAAUAAUUCUAAUGACGCACUCAUAAAAAUUCGAGAAGUUUCUGAAAUAGUAAAAAAGACUUUUAUUCGCAUGUAUGUACCGAAUAAAAACAUUUCGAUUGAUGAAUCAUUAAUGCAAUGUAGAAGCCGUUUAGAUCAUAUACAAUUUAUUAGAACAAAACGAGCGAGAUUUGGUAUUAAGUUUUACAAACUGUGUGAUUCGAAAUCGAAAUAUAUACACAAUUUUAAUAUGUAUGUAGGAAAAGAUAAAACUAAUACUGCUAGCAGAAAUGUUGUGAUAAAUUUGUUGAAAGAGAGUAGGUUAUUGCAUAAAGGAUAUUGUUUGUUUAUUGACAAUUGGUACAGUUCACCGACCUUAUAUCGAAAAUUAUAUAAUAUGGAAACAAAUGUAUGUGGAACAGCGAGAAUGAAUAGGAAAGAAAUGCCUCGAGAAUUAAAAUUACACCAAUUACAAAAGGGAGAAGCUGUUGUAUUUUCUACAAGGGAUAUGGCGGCGAUAAAAUGGAAGGAUAAAAAAGAUGUCGUUUUACUAACAACUAUGCAUGGCUUAGAUUUUGCAGAAACUGGGAAAAUAAACCGAUAUAGCAGACAAAAAACUUUAAAACCAACAGUAGUAAUAGAUUACAAUCAGUAUAUGGAUGGAGUUGAUGUUGGUGAUGAAAUGUUAAGUAAAUUUCAUACUAUGCGAAGAUGUAGAAAGUCCUAUAAGAAAAUAUUUUUUUAUUUCAUAGAUAUGAUGUUAUUAAAUAGUUACGUACUUUUUAAAAACAAUAAAAAAGAUCGAGCUUUCCAUGUUUAUAAACAAAAAUUAGCCGAAGAAAUUAUUGAAAAAUAUUUACUAUAUAUAAAAGUAAGCGAGGCAUCAUCUAUCAAUGAUUCAAUAACGCGAUAUACUGGCAGGCAUUUUCCUAUACGGAUACCUGCAACUUUAGCAAAAGGAAAAAGAACAUCAAAGCGAUGCAUUGUAUGCUUAUCUAAGUCUUUGCGAAGAGAAACGAUUUAUAAAUGCCAUAUUUGCGAUGUACCAUUAUGUAUUGAUCACUUUAAGGAAUUUCACGAAAAAUAAAUUUUUUAUUUUAUCUAUGAAAUUUUAAUUUUUUCUAUUUUAAUAAAAAAUUAUAGAAUUCGUUGUUUACGAUGUAUCAACUGUUUUAAAAAGUAUAAUUCUGUUGUCAUGUACUGCACUUACGAUCGACUGCGCCCGGUGAUACGGGCCGAUCAUCAAUUGAACAUUGCUGAUUUUUGAAUACGGCAUAUUAAGUAGACGCAUGAUGCAAAUGGGUUCAUAUAGUAAUUUUUAAUUUUCAUACUUUUUUGUA